GUCAACAGGUGGCGGGACCAGGUUGUAAUCAAGAAUUCUUUCACAAUGAGUUGUUUACAGUCCAUAUACUACAUUUACGAAAUAAGGUGAAAAGCUUAAAUAGUAAAUAUGAGCGGCGUUUCUUAAAUAAAAUUCUAUAUUGGCAUAGAACAUCAGUCAUGCAUCUGCAGAUUUUUGAAGAGGUUACCACCCCAACAAGAUACUCCGCUACCGAGCUAUCUGAUGAAACGUUGUACUAUUCCUUCAACGACAGUGUACUUACAACUCUAGAUUAUGACGAAAAAGAGUUAACUGACAGAGAAAACUAUAAUGGGUGGUUUGCUUCCAUGGAACUAUGGAAAAUUAAUAUAUGGGCUAUACUUGCAUCAAUUCUGGUAGUCUGCACGGCGGGUGGGAACAUCCUUGUCUGCAUGGCAAUAUACCUAGAACGGAGACUUCAAAAUGUCACUAACUACUUUUUGAUGUCAUUGGCUAUAACGGACUGCAUGGUGGCGGUGCUUGUGAUGCCUUUAGGAAUAUUAUCGCUAGUAAAAGGCCACUUUCCGCUGCCGGCCGUGUACUGCCUGCUGUGGAUAUGUUUGGACGUGCUCUUGUGCACGGCGUCUAUCAUGCAUCUCUGCACUAUUAGCAUCGACAGAUAUCUUUCGCUUCGCUACCCAAUGAAAUUCGGACGGAAUAAAACAAGGAAACGUGUAACAAUAAAGAUUGCCUUCGUUUGGAUAUCAUCAACGGCUAUGAGUCUACCGCUGAGCCUUAUGUAUUCGCAGGAUGUAGAAUCUCUGUUAGUUGAUGGCGUAUGUCAGAUUCCCGACCCAUUAUACAAGUCAAUUGGAUCUAUCGUCUCGUUCUACAUACCGCUCGUUGUGAUGAUGGUGACUUACGCGCUGACGGUGCAACUGCUGGCGCGGCAGCGUAAGGGGCUCGGGGCUGGUUGGGCAACGAGCUGGCUUGGGGCUCCUCCAAUAGAACGGCGGUGCACGUGGCGUCGGUUCCUCGGACACAGAAGCACCCCACAGCACUCCGCCGCCUCAACUGACACAGAAUUACCGCCGAUCGAUACCAGGGAUCUCUGGCUUCAGGAUUCUAGCGAGCCCGCCCCAUCAGCAAUGACCGCACUGCAUCAGUUUGGGGCUGAGAUGUUGCGCCUGUCUCGCGGCUUGGAAGCUUCCGCUGCGUCUAAACCACAAUAUAGCGGGUAUAUAUGAAUUGGC